AUGGACAACGUGGAUAGAUAUAAAAUAUAGAUUAUGAAAUAAUACACAGUUGGAAACAUUGACAAUAGGACUCAUGGAGGGGAUGGGGGGGGAGUCUCGAGAUGCAAGGAAAACUCUAUAUAUGGAUACGUAUUUGCAGUGCUUUUUUCUUUAAAAAUGUUUGGGGGUCCUCUCCUUUUCCUACUCAUAUUGAAAUACUGCCCCUCAGUGAGGCCAAACUUAGAUUCACAAAAUGUUGAGGGGCAUGCGUUCCCCUGUGUCCCCCCAGAAAAAAGCACUGCGUAUUUGGUUUUGUUAUACAUUUUUAUCUGUAAAAUCGAAUAAAAAUGAUUUUUAAAAAAGGAAAGGAGAGCUGAUGGAUUUAUCCAGUGCUUUUUUAAUUUAAAAAGUUUGGGGGUCCUCUCCUUUCCCUACUCAUAUUGAAAUACUGCCCCUCAGUGAGGCCAAACCUAGAUUCACAAAAUGUUUAUAGGAGUAUACAGGAAAAAGCACUGCAUAUUUGGUUUUGUUAUAUAUUUAUAUCUGUAAAAUCGAAUAAAAAUGGUUUUUUUAAAAAGGAAAGGAGAGCUGAUGGAUUUAUCCAGUGCUUUUUUUCCUUAAAAAAAAGAAGUUUGGGGGUCCUCUCCUUUUCCUACUCCUAUUGAAACACUGCCCCUCAAUGAGGCCAAACUUAGAUUCGCAACAUGUUGAGGGCUUUGCGUAUCCCUGCGUUCUAUCCCUGGAUUUAUCAGCGCCAUUGCCCCGUCGAAGCAGCCUUUUGUGAGGGAAGCCAAAGUGGAGCCGGGGAGGAAAAGCCGCCUCGGGAACUUCGUCCUCCGUCUUUCCUGGCGGCCUCGGUGCCCUUCGCGGGUUAACAAGCGCCUUGCCGGGGUGACUAAUGGAGCCGGGAAAGGCUGAGCGCGGCCUGGGGGUGGGAAUCGAAGUCUCCUCCCUUUCCCUCGCCGUCUCCGGCCUUCCUGCGCUUUAGGGAACUUGGAUUACCAGGCAAGCAGGUUUCGCUCUCUCUCUCGGCCCGAGAGAGGCCUGGUCUGAGGAGACGGAGCCGGCCUUGGCCGCAGAUGCUUUGAGCGGGGCCCAAGGCCAUGGCCCCGCUGGGGCUCUUCCCAGUCUUAGUGGCCGCGGUAAGUGAGGGACUCGGGGGCAGAAACGGGGCAGAAAAGAGCCAAGUCCCGGGGUUUCGUGUGACCAGAAAAGGCACCGGAAGCGCUGAAUUCCGGGAAGCCUCGCAGAUCAGAAGAGAUGGGCAGCCGUGAUCCUGAGGCAAAGGCAGCCGUCGCCUCAGAUUUUGGCUCGAAAGGGGAGUUUUCUGACUCCCUCCGCCGCUUUUCCUCUGGAGGUUCAGGAGUCUCUUGCCUUCCUGAAAAACCUCUUCAGCCCUCGGCCCCAUUUGCGGGGUGCGGCCUCUCUCUCCAUCUAGGGCAGGGAGGAGGUUGGUUUGGUUUUGCUUCCUUGCUUUGCCCCACACGGAAUAAUAAUAAUAAUAUAUUUAUACCCCGUCCAUCUGGCUGGGUUUUCUCAGCCACUCUGGUCGGCUUCCAACGGAAUAUUAAAAUACAAUAGCCUAUUAAACAUUAAAAGCUUCCCUAAACAGGGCUGCCUUCGGAUGUCUUCUAAAUGUCAGGUAGUUAUUUUUCUCUUUGACAUCUGGUGGGAGGGUGUUCCACAGGACGGGUGCCACCACCAAGAAGGCCCUCUGCCUGGUUCCCUGUAACUUGGCUUCUCGCAGGGAGGGAACCGCCAGAAGGCCCUCAGCACUGGACCUCAGCGUCCGGGCAAAACGGAGGUGGAGACGCCCCUGCAGGUAUACUGGACUGACACCAUUUAGGAUUUUAAAGGUUAGCACCAAGACUUUGAAUUGUGCUCGGAAACGUGCUGGGAGCCAGUGUAGGUCUUUCAGGACUGGUGUUAUGUGGUCUCGGCUGCCGCAUUCUGGAUUAGUUGUAGUUUCCGGGUCACCUUCAAAGGGAGCCCCACGGAACUGCCUAGCGAGCAGCUGCUGGCAGCCUUUGAAACUCCCCUCUUUCCAGGCGCAUUUUGCGACAGGGAAUCUCAUUGAAACGCGCAGUUUCCGAGCUCUGGGCGCAGGAUUUCGGAUUAAAACUGCAGAGUGGAAGGAAAGGAGGAGCUUUUUCUGCCUCCCCAUUUCCAGCUGCUCUCUGAAGACUGGAGAAGAGACCCUCUUGAGAAUACAGUGGUACCUUGGGUUAAGAACUUAAUUCAUUCCAGAGGUCCGUUCUUAACCUGAAACUGUUCUUACCCUGAAGCACCACUUUAGCUAAUGGGGCCUCCUGCUGCCGCCGCACCGCCGGAGCACAAUUUCUGUUCUCACCCUGAAGCAAAGUUCUUAACCUGAAGCACUAUUUCUGGGUUAGCGGAUUCUGUAACCUGAAGCGUAUGUAACCCGAGGUACCACUGUAUUAACGGGGUGGGCAGGGGAAGAACUAAGCCCAGGGUUGCCAGUGUGGGUCAGAUGCCCCACAGGGGGGCAAUUUGAUUUUUAAGGGAGGCAGUUCGAGAAUGAAUUGUUGUUGUUUAGUCGUGUCCUCCUCUUCGUGACCCCCUGGACCAGAGCACGCCAGGCACUCCUGUCUGCCACUGCCUUCUGCAGUUUGGUCAAACUGAUGUUCGUAGCUUCAAUAACACUGUCCAACCGCCCUCUGUCGUCCCCUUCUCCUUGUGCCCUCCAUCUUUCCCAACAUCAGGGUCUUUUCCAGGGAGUCUUCUCUUCUCAUGAGGUGGCCAAAGUCUUGGAGCCUCAGCUUCAGGAUCUGUCCUUCCAGUGAGCACUCAGGACUGAUUUCCUUCAGAAUGGAGAGGUUGGAUCUUCUUGCAGUCCAUGGGACUCUCAAGAGUCUCCUCCAGCACCAGAAUUCAAAAGCAUCCAUUCUUCGGUGAUCAGCCUUCUUGAUGGUCCAGCUCUCUGGGAAAACCAGAGCUUUAAUUAUACGGACCUUUGUUGGCAAGGCGAUGUCUCUGCUUUUUAAGAUGCUGUCUAGGUUUGUCAUCGCUUUUCUCCCAAGAAGCAGGCGUCUUUUAAUUGAGUUAGACCAAGUUAAUGGCCUUUUAUGCUUCCUCCACGUGAACAAGAGUUUGCAUUUUGAAUACGGUCGUACCAAAUCGGCUCCCGGAAGUGAGCGUUCCGGUUAUUGAAUUAUUUUCAGAAGCCGAAUGUCUGGUGCAGCUUACAUGGCUUCUGAUUGGAAGCUCCUGCAGCCAUCAGAAGCUGCAUUUUGGUUUCCGAAUGUUUUGGAAGUCGAACGGACUUCUGGAAAGGAUUCCGUUUGACUUCCAAGGUAUGAGUGUAAUAAGAAUUAUAUGUCACAGGGGAAAGCAUCAGGGUUUUAGAGAUGCUCAGGUGGGGCAUUCCUCCCCCCCCCCAAGAUUGGGAGCCACUGGACUAAACCAUGUGAAAAAUGAACAUAAUAUUUUAGCUGCGGUUCAUUCAUUUUCAGCUUUGUAUUCUUGUUAUAAAAAAAGCGCAGCCAGAGAUUCUGUUGUUGCACCCGUAACCUAGGCUUAAGGUACCAUCUAGCUCCUAGCUUUCAUAUCUCAGUUUCUAACACUGGCUGCUAGGCAUGCUGUCUCUUCCCUUCCCCUAACUUUGCACUUUUCUCCUUCUUCAGAAUCCAAUUAUGACAGCUCAGGGCUGGCACCAGCAUCUGCUAUAUUCUUUGCCGAGAGAACUUGAUUGCACAGCUUCAGGUUACAUACGCUUCAGGUUACACACUCCGCUAACCCAGAAAUAGUGCUUCAGGUUAAGAACUUUGCUUCAGGAUAAGAACAGAAAUCGGGCUCCGGCGGCGUGGAGGCAGCGGGAGGCCCCAUUAGUUAAAGUGGUGCUUCAGGUUAAGAAUGGACCUCCGGAACGAAUUAAGUACUUAACCCGAGGUACCACUGUAGUGAUAAAAUACCAAUACUUCAGCCAGAUGGGCGGGGUAUAAAUAAUAAAUUAUUAUUAUUAUUAUUCAGAACCAAACUCAUGUUGAGGCAUGGCAUGUAACUCUGAUUAGGAAGUGAACUCCGUUGAUUCAACAGCAGACAGAAGUUUAAGAACUGAUCAAUUCCUGGAUAGGAGGUCAGGAUACGAUUUCCAGAAUUACAGAAUAGUCAUAGGAAACCAUGUUCCAGGCCCGGGCAGUGUAGGUUAUGUCAGAAUCAGGUCAAUAAUUCACAUGGGGUCCACUGCUACAGAGCCCUGAGAGCAUUUCCAAGUGUCUCACAUAAUAGCCUUGGUAGACCUCCUGGAAUUUUCAUUUAUCUACUGUUGUUUUGGGACGUGGGUGGCGCUGUGGGUAAAACCUCAGCGCCUAGGACUUGCCGAUCGCAUGGUCGGCGGUUCAAAUCCCCGCGGCGGGCUGAUCUCCCAUCGUUCGGUCCCAGCUGCUGCCCACCUAGCAGUUCGAAAGCACCCUUAAGUGCAAGUAGAUAAACAGGUACCGCUAUAUAGCGGGAAGGUAAACGGCGUUUCCGUGUGCUGCUCUGGUGCCAGUUCACCGGAGCAGCUUCAUCAUGCUGGCCACGUGACCCGGAAGUGUCUGCGGACAGUGCUGGCUCCCGGCCUAUAGAGUGAGAUGAGCGCACAACUCUAGAGUCUGGCAAGACUGGCCCGUACGGGCAGGGGUACCUUUACCUUUACCUUACUGUUGUUUUAGGACAUUCUUGUUUUGUUUUGUUUUGCUUUGUUUUGUUUUGUUUUGUUUUGUUUUUAAACCCAGCACUAACCGAAACCUGGCAUUAUGGUUGCAUCAGAACGCUCAAUGCAGUUUACAAAAUAGGGUUAAAAUUAGGGAAAUUAAGUGUUUGAGAAGCCUUACAGUCGCUUCAGAAUUUGCAUUGCUGUGGUUAGUUUCUUCGUGUGCCACCUCCAUGAGAGGUCCAGAGGGUGAGAACGUGAGAACAGGCCUUUUCUGUGGUGGCUCCCUGUUUGUGGCACCAAGGAGGCUCACCUGGUGCUUUUGUUACAUAGCUUUAGGCGCCAGGUGAAAACGUUUCCCUUCAACGAAGCUUUUGGCUGAUUAACAAUACAGUGGUACCUCGGGUUAUGUACUUAAUUCGUUCCGGAGGUCCGUUCUUAACCUGAAGCACUACUUUAGCUAAUGGGGCCUCCUGCUGCCGCCGCGCUGCCAGAGCACGAUUUCUGUUCUCAUCCUGAAGCAAAGUUCUUAACCCGAGAUAAUAUUUCUGGGUUAGCGGAGUCUGUAACCUGAAGCGUCUGUAACCUGAGGUACCACUGUAUGUAUAUCCUUUUAAAUGAGUUUGUGGAAGGGAGGUUAUUGGUUCAUUUUGGUUUUUCUUUUAUUAUGUAUUUUGUGUUUUCAUUUUGCAAUUUUAAUGUUGUGAACUGCCCAGUGAUCUUCAGAGGAAGGACAGUAUGCAUUAAUAAAUAACAACAAUAGUAAUAAUAGCAGUAGUCAUAACAAUGAUAAUAGACAGCGUAGUGUUGAGUGGUAUUGCUUCGCUUCAGACCCUGUUUCUUACAACACAGAGAAUAGCCAGAAUACAGUGGUACCUCGGGUUACAGACGCUUCAGGUUACAUAUGCUUCAGGUUACAGACUCUGCUAACCCAGAAAUAGCACCUCAGGUUAAGAACUUUGCUUUAGGAUGCGAACAGAAAUCGCACAGUAGCGGUGUGGCGGCAGUGGGAGGCCCCAUUAGCUAAAGUGGUGCUUCAGGUUAAGAACAGUUUCAGGUUAAGAACAGACCUCCAGAACAAAUUAAGUUCUUAACCCGAGGUACCACUGCAUAGUUCCUGUCUCACACCCAGCCGCUCCCUACAUCUUGACUGCUCAUUGGCAGUAGUAACAACAUCUCAUAGUGGUCAUUUACACAUUGAGGGAAUCUGGGAGGUAAAUGGACCUGCUGUCUGCCUGGAAAAACGAAUAUCAUGUGCUGGUGGCAUCAAAUUAGUUGGGGUUUGUUCCGAACUGUUAAAUGAGGGUAGGGACCCCCUAAGUAACCUCCAUGCAGAUCAUUCUUUUAGUAUUUAUCCCUAUUGGGGUGUGGGUGGAAAGACUGCCUUUUAGUGUUAAAGAACAGGCAAGCUGUAUCUCUGAUCUUAACACUGUGGUUGUGUUAUCUCACUAAGGUUGUGAGAUAAAAGGUUCCUCUGUCUGCUUUUUAGAGACCACUUUCUGAAGCAGGCAAAGCACUUGAUUUCUCAAUCUGAUCUACUUCCCAAUCAGAGCUGGGUAGGAAGGAGCUGGCACACUUCUUGCAGCUUCUCAGGUCUUCUUCUUCUUCGAGCCCUGGCAGCAUAUACAUCAAUAAUAUAAUAAAAACAAAACAUAUUCUUUUAAAAAACCAUUGAUUUUUAUCCACCCUGAUGCAUCUAUAUUUUGGUCACAGACCUGUCAGCAAACGUCUGUAUUCAGGGUGUAUUAAAAAAUAGUAUAUAAAUGGGACAGCUCAAAGUGCUAAUUGUUGGCAAUGUUACUAACUACGGAAGAAUCCUUAUGUUUCUGUUCCUUGGAUUCAGAAUCCAAGCAACACUUAGCAUUGUGACCAAUCUGCAUUAUAUUGCUCGCCCUUGCUCUAAUGUUUAGUUGAGGUUGCGCAUGUACAUGGAACAGCCAUUACCAAUCUGAAUAAUGUUUUCCUAAUCACCUGAGAGAGAUAUUGUACUUUACAAUCCAUUAUGCAGGGGUGAAACUAGGUUUUCUUUCACCCCGGGUCAAAGACUCAGUUCGGCACACACACCGCAUGCACAUUUGCACACACACACAGAGGCUGGGAGCCUCAGUGGUGCCCCUCUGGGCAGUGGCGUACCAUGGGGGGUGCAGGGGGGGCCGGCCGCACCGGGCGCAACAUCUGGGGGUUAGGGUUAGGGGGCGCAAAUCCACGGGUUAGGGGGCACAAAUUACUUGCCUUGCCCCGGGUGCUGACAACCCACUCUACGCCACUGCCUCUGGGGGCUUCACUCGUGGCAAAAAAAACCAUUUCCCCCCCCCUAUAGCUACAGCACUGCAAUAUGUUAAAUAAUACCGUAUUUUUCUGUGUAUAACUCGCACCCAUGUAUAAGACGCCCCCUAUUUUGGGGAAUUCCAGAUUAAGAAAAUGGGGGAGAUUGCCCAGAGUUGUUGAGCUUUUUUGUUGGGGGGGGGGACUGGCAAAAUUCGCUCACCUGCGCUGCCACUCGCACACGUUGCAAUAGCCACUUAUGGUCUGUCCCUUCAUCAGCAGAAGACGCCAAUCGCCCGCCCAAUUGACGCGGCAGCAGCCAAUCAACACCAGCCCUUGCUGCAGCCACCAAUAACACACCCAAUAGCCGCAGACAAUCUCUGGCCUGCAGCAGCUGCCAAUCACACAUCCCCCCUAUGCACUAUCUGUGUAUAAGACGACCCCAAUUUUUUUACCUUAUUUUUUAAUAUAAAAACCCCCUCGUCUUAUACACAGAAAAUUAUGGUAUUUCGUGAAGGCUGAAGUUGAGCCUUUUUUUAAAAUGAAAAGCAGUUUGCUUAUUUAUACCGUUCUUUUUCUUUGCAGGUCAACUUGAACCUCAUUCAGACAGAAAGUGGGGGAGCAUUGGGGGUAAGCCUGAACCCUGUUACGAAACCUAUCCCUGCAGCAGUUGUGGACAAGGAUGCCUUCCUGCACUCCAGCAGUAAACAAAAGAGGGAGGUGGACUGCAAAAUAGGACACUAUCUUCACCCAAAUAAAACCCACUGCUGCCUUAGAUGCCACAAAGGUAUGACAGAGUGUAAAACAGAGUAAUAACGAUGAGUUGUGAUUUCCUAUUUUUGUGUACCCCUGAUUUGGUCAAGAAUCCAGUUUUUGAAAAAUGCACUUUUUUAUUUCCCCCCACUUCAACUCAAAUAUAAUUGCAUAGCAGUGAAAAGCAAUAGCUUCGCUGGAGUAUACCAAAGUAUGGUAGACACUUGUAAUGAGUGAGUUCUUGCAGCUGGUUGGGAACUGCUAGGGGAGACAGAAGGAAGGUAGCCUUUUUUUGGCAACAGUUGUGCCCUUUUAUCCUAUCUCACCAGAAAACUAGAUAAAUCUAACCUAAAAACUAGAUAAAGCUGAGAUUCCAUAUACAAUUAGUCUUGGUUUGUGCUUUCCGUUGGGCAUUUGGAUUGCUGUUGGGGCCAGGGUUGGGGGAGUCCCUGGCUAUUUGAAAUUCAGACAAUGUCUGACCUAUGCUCUUACCAAGGUAAAAGGUAGUGGUGGUGCUUACCCCACCAUAGCAUUCUCUUAAAUCCAUCCUCCUCAGCAACUGUUGGCUGUAUUUUGAUAUCAGUAACCAAAGCUUGCUCCAGUAACUUUUAGACCUCAGACUGAUGCAGGAGGAAAGGAGGAACUGAUACUUGGACGUUAGUUGCAAUUCUUCCUCCUUUAGCCGCUCAGCGAAUGGGUGAAUACAUUACUAAUUUGCAUGAUUUAUUCAAAUAUUUCAAUACAAAUGGCUAGCUGUCCUUUUACCGCACCUGCUUGGCACACAUACCUCUUUUCACACCUGCAAACCACUUUCCUGUGUUCAUUGUAUAUGUUUUCAGAACACAGACAACUGUGAGUGAUUGAGCUCAAAUCUGCUAGGGGAACAGUUUCUCCUUGUGUCCCUCAGUUUAUUCUUCUGGAGGGCAAACGGUUGUACAGCUGGCUAGAAAGUAGAAUGUUUUCCAAAUUUAGCAGAGCGCAGUAUGAGUAACUUCCGUCAAGACUGUAAAGCAACUUUGCAAGGUGUUCUAGAAACAACAGACAUGAAAUCAGAGAUUUUCUAGAAAUUUAGUUUUAUUGAGAAAGUAUUAUGAAUACUCCGUAGCUAACUGUGAAGGCUGUGGCAGAGAGAGGACAGAACGAGAAGUAAUGCUGGAAUGAAGCUGUACAAUGGAUUGCUUUGGCUUCCGGACUGUGGGGAAGGAUGGAAUUGUUUUGGGAACAGAAAAGCUGCAGGGGGAGAGACAGUGGAAAUUAUUCAUUUCCUUCCUUUCUGCAUAAGGGUAGGAAGAAAAUGGUAGCUUUCUUUCUUAUCCUCUCUCAGAGCAGAAGGGGCAGGGAUCCUUAGCAUCAGUGUAAAUCCGAAAAGAAUUGUAGAAUCAUAGAACUGUAGAGCUGGAUGGGAUACAAGGGUCAUCUAGUCCAUGGGUAGGCAAACUAAGGCCCAGGGACUGGAUCCGGCCCAAUCGCCUUCUAAAUCCAGCCCACGGACGGUCCAGAAAUCAGCGUGUUUUUACAUGAGUAGAAUGUGUCCCUUUUAUUUAAAAUGCAUCUCUGGGUUAUUUAUGGGGCAUAGGAAUUCGUUCUCCCCCCCCCCAAAAAAAAUAUAGUCCACCCCCCGCACAAGCUCUGAGGGACAGUGGACCGGCUUCCUGCUGGAAAAGUUUGCUGACCCCUGUAGUCCAACCCUCUGCAAUGCAGGAAUCUCAGCUAAAGCAUCCAUGACAGAUGGCCAUCCAACCUCUGCUUAAAAACCUCCAAGGAUGGAAAGUCUAUCCAAAGGGAGUCCGUUCCACUGUCUAAUGGCUCUUGCUGUUAGAAGAAGGUUCUUAAGAGUUGUGGUUGCCAGGGUUUGUGGAUGCCAGAUUCCCCACAAUUCCUGGGUCUGAUAGGUGUUAGUAUUUAAUCAAUUCUUGGAGUGUUAAAAAGGCUGCCAGACACAGGAUUUAGCCAAGUGUUAAAAUGCAGGCCAACCAGCUUUCUGCAUUCAGGAAAUGGCCUGGGAGAUCAGUCCUUAACCAAAGGCAAAGGGAAGGUAAUGGGCCAUUAGAAAUGGCAGAAAGAGGGGACUGAAAAUGAGAGGGGGUCUCCCUCAGCUCUGAGAUACUUAGCAGAGUCCAAGCAGACUAGAGUUUAGGAUUGCAGUUGUGGUGAUGUUAUUUAGGGAUAAGAGAUUCCCGUCUGAAAAAAGUCUGCAAGCUGCAGACAGGCAGAGCCAUGGCUGGUGUCAGUUUGAAUCCCAGGCUGCAGGGAGAUUCAAGAUUCUCUUGGAGUGUAAUGCUGGGAGACCCUCUAUUGCAAGCUCUGCUUGUAUAUAUGUGGCGUGGGUGGCACUGUGGUCUAAACCACUGAGCUUGCCCAUCGGAAGGUUGGCGGUUUGAAUCCCCGUGACAGAGUGAGUUCCCGUUCCUCUGUCCCAACUCCUGCCAACCUAGCAGUUCAAAAGCACGCCAGUGCAAGUAGAUAAAUAGAUACCACUGUGGAGGGAGGGUAAAUGGCAUUUCUGUGCUCUCUGGCUUACGUCAUGGUGUUCCUUGCACCAGAAGUGGUUUGGUCAUGCUGACCACAUGACCUGGAAAGUCGCCUAGGAUUAGACUUAACGGUCCAGGGGUCCUUUACCUUUACAUCCCAGUCUCUGCUGUGCCUCAUUUCCAAAGCAUUUCCCUGGGUAAAGUGUGCCUGGAACUCCCUGCAAUCUCGCACCGCUGCAGAGAUUGGAAGUGGCACGUCAAAAAUUAAGACCAUAUUCCUACUGAAGUCAGUGGGACAUACUUCUGAGUUUGAAUCCCAGGCUACAGCUGUGGGAGAAGACUCUUUCGGAGUGUGUUGUUGUUGUUCAGUCAUUUAGUUGUGUCCGACUCUUCAUGACCCCCUGGACCAGAGCACGCCAGGCACUCCUGCCUUCCACUGCCUCCCGCAGUUUGUUCAAACUCAUGCUGGUAGCUUCGAGAACACUGUCCCACCAUCUCGUCAGUGUGGUGUAGUGGUUAAGAGCGGUAGUCACGUAAUCUGGGGAACCAGGUUCGCGUCUCCGCUCCUCCACCUGCAGCUGCUGGGUGACCUUGGGCCAGUCACACUUCUCUGAAGUCUCUCAGCCCCACUCACCUCACAGAGUGUUUGUUGUGGGGGAGGAAGGGAAAAGGAGAUUGUUAGCCGCUUUGAGACUCCUGAAGGGGAGUGAAAGGCGGGAUAUCAAAUCCAAACUCUUCUUCUUCUUCUCUUCUCGUCCUCUGUCGUCCCCUUCUCCUUGUGCCCUCCAUCUUUCCGAACAUCAGGGACUUUUCCAGGGAGUCUUCUCUUCUCAUGAGGUGGCCAAAGUAUUGGAGCCUCAGCUUCACCUCUUGGAGUGUAAUGUCGGUUAAAAUGCAAGCUGCAACUCCAAGCAAUGGUUUUAGACAGCAGCCUAAGCCACCCUGUAGGGCUGGGUUGGGGAGUGAGUGAUAAAAAGUAGGGCUGGAUUGAACCUGGGACAUUUUGUAUAUAAAUCACAUGCUGUUGUACCAUUGAGCUACUGAAACUUUCAUUUUAUGCUCAGCCUUGCAUUCCUUUUCUCACUGAAUGACUUUUUCCUGCUUCCUCUUGGAUAAUUCUUUUGCAGGAACUUUCGUUGCACAACACUGUUUAGACCCUGAAAAGGCAACCAAGUGCUCAGUAUGCUCUGAGGGUUCCUUCAUUGAUGAAGAUAAUAGCUCUGAGCAGUGUCGCGGAUGCCGACGCUGCCGUCCAAGUAAGUCGUUUCUCUGUGUGUGUUCAAAAUUUAAAUAAUAAAAAUAAAAAAGUGGCAGUGAAAGGCCCCUGCGUUGGGAAUGUUGAAUAUGUGUAUUGACUUUAGUUUACUUGUUUCUUGAGCAUUAAUGGCCCACAUAGAAUUAACCAACACUUCCUCUCUUUCUGCUUAGCCUUUGGACAAAUAGAGAUAUCCAAAUGUACCAGUGAGCACGACACAGUUUGCGGUUGCGGCAGUGAUCAAUAUCAAAGUAGCCACAGUGAUGAAUUCAUGUGCAAGAAUUGCAGUGCUUGUCUCAAUGGAAGAAUCAAGCUGGCUUGUGAGUGCAGUAGGACAGAAUCAAUGUCUUAAAAAAAUGACUUCAUGAAUAAAUUCAUUUACUCAUACUAGGAACAGAGACUCUCGCCCCUACAGCAAAGCUGUGCAUCUGUCUUUGGUGCAAGCUGUGUGUGCUGGCAAACUUGAAUUCCUUCAACUCUCCUUGUCCUAUAAUACUGGUUUUCCUUAUUUUUACCCCUCCCUCUCUUCUCCAGCUUUAUGUAUUUCUUUUAAUGUGAUAUGUCCUUAAGCCCAGCACCCUUAAAGCAGUAUUAAAUUUGAAUGCUGGUGCUCUGUAUACAGUCCUUAAAAUUUCACCUGUUAACUUUCUGAAGAUGCUUCUUAAGCAGAGAAUGUUCUCUUAAACAUGCUUUGUCCUUGUUCUUAACCUCAGCAUACACCUGCAAGCACAUCAAAUUAUCCUUCUGCACUUAUUCUGACUGCAGGAUGUACCUACUCCUAGCUUGGAGAGCACCACUUUGUCUACCCCUGGCCUAGAAUUUUGAGCUCCCCUGCUGCGUUUACCGUAUUGGCCCAAAUAUAAGCCGCCCUUUCCCCCAGAAUUCCGACCGUGAAAAGUUAAAGUGCAGCUUAAAUUUGUGACUUUACAAAAACUGGCUUUUACGAUAUCGCACCUGAAACAAACAUACGGUAAAACGGAACAAAAACAAUGCGUUAUUGACAAUUUGCAAGCUCGAGACUGUUCAUUUGCCAUUUAUGGGUGUGAGCGACUGUGGAAUUGUAGCAACUGAAUUGUUAUUUGCGAUUUUAGCAACUGUACAGUAACUUUUGCGGGCUUUAAUCAAAGGCUUAAAUUGGCUCGGAGUUACAAUUCUACUAACAGCAGCGAUUUUCAGCCUGUAUCCGAAUUUUAAGGGAGUGGUUUAUAUUCAGGUAUUGUUUUUUUUUCUUCCCCUCCCUUGAAUUUUGAAGCUGCGGCUUAUAUUCGAGCCAAUACUGUAAUUGUGAAAUUAAAUUGUGAACAGAUUCUUUCUCUUAGAACCAUUCUGUUAAUUCACCCAUUCUCUUUUCGCCCUGCAGAGGGCACAGUUAAAUGUGUUGACACAGGAGAUCUGUGAUCAGGACCUCCUGCAAUUUCUUCCUAAUGUAACCACACCACUGGCCCUGAUUCAGACCAGGAGCAUAGUGCUGGGGAAAGAUGCUGGCUCCUUCUCAUGCCCUCUGAUUCUUCUUCUCCAGAGCUGUUUUCUUGAUUAAAAUCCCAUCUCUGAAGCUAUUGUUUUCCCCAAGAGGAAAAAUAGGCAGGUAUUGUCUGAGAACCUGUUAUGUCUCCACCUGUAAAUUGGCCCCACAGUUAUCAAUGGGAAAACCACUGCAUAUGGGAAAUGUUGAUCAGAUUUUGGCACCCUACUGCUGUUGCUGAAUUGCCUUUAAAGCCACAAGUGAUCCUGAAUGUGGAACUUCUGCAUCACAUCUAACUUGUCCCCAGAUAAUAAACACCACUUAGGUGCUACUGUGUUUGAGUGAGAUCCAAAUCACUGAAAUGAAAUAUCUCCUUCUCUCACUUAUCUUUUCUUUCUAGGUACCAAAUUCCGUGACACAAUAUGUGAGUGUCGCUCGGGAUACUUUCUCCAGAAAGAUGAAAACAAGUGCUACCCAUGCAGCAGGUGGGGAAAAUCUUGUUAUCUGCAUUUUCUCAGACACACAGAAAGUAAAGGCAGCCGUGUUGGCCCAUAAGGAAAAAACAAAAAAAUCCAAAGUCUGUAUAAUGCCACACCUUUAUUACACCAACUGAAAUGUCACAGAAUAGUAUGCAAGAUCCUAACCUCCCCAGAAAAUAGGAGGAACUUUAGUGCUAUACAGUGGUACCUUGGUUCUCAAACUUAAUCCGUUCCAGAAGUCCGUUCCAAAACCAAAGCGUUCCAAAACCAAGGCACGCUUUCCCAUGGAGAGCAAUGCAAAAUGGAUUACCGUAUUUUUCGCUCUAUAAAACACACCAGACAACAAGACGCACCUAGUUUUUGGAGGAGGAAAGCAAGAAAAAAAAUAUUCUGAAUCUCAGAAGCCAGAACAGCAAGAGGGAUCGCUGCGCAGUGAAAGCAGCAAUCCCUCUUGCUGUUCUGGCUUCUGGGAUAGCUGCGCAGCCUGCAUUCGCUCCAGAAGACGCACACACAUUUCCCCUUACUUUUUAGGAGGGAAAAAGUGAGUCUUAUAGAGCAAAAAAUACGGUAAUCUGUUCCAGACUUUUAAAAACAACCCCUAAAACAGCCAAUUAACAUGAAUUUUACUAACGAAAGCAUGGAUCCAUAAAUGAAAGCAAUAAACGAUGUACUGCAGUCACACAAUCAAUCAGUAGCUGAACUGGGUUCCACACAGUCACAAAAAAAGAGCCACAAAAACAAAAAUGCAAAAUAAAUAGCAAAAACAGACAGACCCCAGUGUAACACUCAAAUCGGAAGCGCAGCACUCGAAACAGAAGUGUGGCACUCAAAUCGGAAGCGUAACACUCAAAGCGAAGCAUGUUCGGCUUCCGAAAAAAGUUCGCAAACCGGAACACUUACUUCCGGGUUUGCAGUGUUUGGGUUCCAAGUUGUUUGAGUACCAAGGCGUUUGAGAACCAAGAUACCACUGUAAGGUAGUAUUUGUCUCCUGUGCAACUGAGACCCACUUUUUCCUAUUUCAGCUGCAAUGAGAAAGAAGAAUGCAAGAUGGACUGCGACUUUUUCGUUAAAGUGAUAAAGCCAGAAAAUAACCCACGUAAGUUCUGGAAUAAUACUUGGACAACACUCCAGGUAUCUCUCUUUAGCCCUUGAUACAAUCCACAGCAACAACUUUUACCAGCCCUGCUUCACACCUCAAUUGUUCUUGCAUGGCUGGCAGAGGCACCAACUUCCAAGGGAGAAGGGGGGGGUGACGUCACGUGAUGUGUGAUGUCAGGAAGAGCCGGACUCCUGGGUGUAGCUGUUGCCUCCCCUAGAUCAAGUAAAACAAUACAAAUACUUAACUAACGGACCAACCACGUCGCUUCUGCCCUGCUUAACAAAAGUUCUGCCCCCUCUAACAAAAAUCCUGGCUAUGCCCAUCGCUGGGGUGGAACUGAAUGCAGAAGGUCACGGCUCCUCCUCCUCCUGUGGGAUUUGCUUCCUUAUUCCUUCCCCUCCAAUUCAGCAGAAGGAGAAGAAGCCAGUCACUGAAGUGCUUGGUUCCGCCCUUGGCCUCUUCCUCUCACUUUGAACAUGGGGAGGGGGGUCCCAAAGGGCUUGGCCCCUAGGAGAAGGCACACCUGAUGACUGGAGAGUGUCCUUGAACUUUGACAUCAUUUACUUGCGUGGAUGGAGGAUAGAGAGGGCGUGUCUAGAAAGAAACCGACAGAACAAACGUAAAAUGUACAUUUGUUACUCCACCCAUUUACGCCUCUGGCGCCAUCCACUGUUAGCAUGUGACCCCCCCAGAUGCUUGCGCUUGGACUACUGCAAUGCGCUCUACCUGGGGCUACUUUUGAAGGUGACCCAGAAACUGCAAUUAAUCCAGAAUUCGGCAGCUAGACUGGUGACUGGGAGUGGCCGCAGAGACCAUAUAACACCGGUCCUGAAAGACCUACAUUAACUCCCAGUACGUUUCCGAGCACAAUUCAAAGUGCUGGUGCUGACCUUUAAAGCCCUAAACGGCCUCAGCCCUGUAUAUCUGAAAGAACGUCUCCACCCCCAUCGUUCAGCCUGGACACUGAGGUCCAGCUCCAAGGGCCUUCUGGCGGUUCCCUCACUGCCAGAAGUGAGGUUACAGGGAACCAGGCAGAGGGUCUUCUCAGUAAUGAUGCCCGCCCUGUGGAACACCCUCCCAUCAGAUGUCAAAGAAAUAAACAACUAUCUGACUUUUAGAAGACAUCUGAAGGCAGCCCUGUUUAGGGAAGUUUUCAAUGUUUUAUGUUACUUUUUUAUUUAUAUUUUGUUGGAAGCCACCCAGAGUGGCUGGGGAAACCCAGCCAGAUGGGCGGAGUAUGUAUGUAUGUAUGUAUGUAUGUAUGUAUAAAUAAAUAUCAUUAUCAUUAUGCAGACCUCAGGCUGAAAAAGGUCCCCCAUUCCUGCUCUCUAAUACCUGACAUUGACUUCACUUUCCAAUCAUUGAUCUCCACGCCACAUUUGCCUCUGUGCUCUAGCUAUCCUAUCCAUCUCUUCGCACCUGUUUUCCUAUCCUUCCAGACCCUAUCAUCUAUAUUAUGCUUAUUUUUCCUUACAGACCAAGCACUUCUCCUCACUAUAAUAGUCAUUUUAAUCGUAACUGUCGGUGUAUUGCUGUUGGUGAACAUACUUCGCAAACGAUCCUGUCAGAAGAGGUUCAGCUCCACUUUCUGUCCAUUUGGUGAGUAUAGCACUUGCCUGUUGGAGGAUCCAGAUUAGGAGAAGUCUGUGGCUUCAAAGCUGAGCAAGGGGAGACUUGCAAAGGGCUUUAAGGAAGCACAAACAGGAGCAGCGUGUGCAGGGUGGCGUGCUGCCUUAAAGCCCUUUCUAAAAACUCUGUGAGGCAACUGCUCCCCUUAUCCUUCAAAUAUUGGAGAGAGCAGGUGGGUGGGGAGUAUGUGGGGAACUUGCAGAUGCUUUAAGACAGUCCCAGCGCUCAUGCUUGAUCCCCCAGAGGCUCAGAUGGAUGGCCGGGGUGGUGGUGCGCUGUCUUAUAGCAAAAUCUUUUUGAAGCAGCCUCUUCCCCUUCUUUAAGUGAAUGGUCAGCAGAAUGACUCCACCGUGCCCUAGAGCUGCCCAACUUCUUGCUCUAGUGUUUAAAGGAGAAGAGGGGGGCUGCUUUAAGGAGCGUGGGUUCCCCCCCCAAAGGACUUUCCCUUUGCAAAUGUGCUUUUCAAAGCAGCUCUGCUUCUCCUUUGAGUAGGCAGUUCCCACAUAAGCACACAGCUUAGACCUGUGGCCGCCACUGUGCCAGCCAUGGACACAGUGACACCUUUGAGAACUACCUUCUAGGCCCCUGUGGUGAUCUUGCCCCUUUAAGACUGAUUUAUAGGAAUAGGUUAGAAUUUAAGAAAUAGUGAGCAUACAUACAGCUGUCUCCCAUUAAGGCUUCAAGGCCGGUGUCACAAGGUAAUUGGGUGGAAGAGGUGAACACCCAUGGUCUAAGUUCCCAUAAAACCUGGGUUGGUGGGAGCUCUCGCCAGUCAGCCAGGCAUCUAUUUGGGCUUUGACAGCAUCUUGUUCCUACUGAGAUUUAGCUGGAUAAGUUAGUGUUUGUUAUUUUCUUCCCUUCUGAGCUAUUUUUAAUCUCUGCAAUUAUUUGCAGUUUCUCUCAUAGAGUUUUGUUUCAGUAAAGUCAGUGUGUGAUAUUAUGAAAUUUGGUCUGGUCUGAGUUUCUGAACCCUUAAAUUUUGACCAUGCUUUUUGGCGCAAGGGUCAUCCACCGCAGCCCCUGCUGCUCAUUGAUGCAAUUUUCAUAAUUUCAUAAGAUGAUGAGAACGGGUACCUUUUUCUCCUUUAAAAAUACAUGUAGUGGAUAAAUUAGUUGAGAGAGAGACAGACAGACAGGUUCUUUCUCAUUUUCUCUUUCAGUUCUAAGUGCUUCUCAAGGCUCAGAUUGACAGCUGAGCAGGUAUCCAGAAAGUAGGAGGGGAAGGGGAACAAUCUGGUAGACUGGAUGGAGGAAAACAGAAUAAGGGGGUUGAGAGGGGACAAGAGAAGGAAUGCAGGGUGCCACGGAAAUUGGGAGAGAAAGAGAAUGGAGUGUCAGAGAGAAAAAAUUCACAAGUGGUCGCCAGUGAAACAGAUCUUCUUGUAAUUGUAAAAUUUUUCCAUGGGUUCCCUUCCCUCCCACUUCCAUCACCAUCAAAUCACAGAUCAAGUGCUCUCCAGCCCUGAUAUGGCACAAAAGCAUGAAUCCAAAGUACAUUUGGAACCUCAUAAUGUUUUUAAAACUACCAUCAAAUCAUAGGCCACUUCUGUUUGUUGGUGGUCUUCGUGCUAUGUAAAAAAAGCUAUGAAGAUCCAUGAGAAUCUGUGCCUUGUAUCAGUAAUAAUAAAAAUAAUUUAUUAUUUAUACCCCUCCCAUAUGGCUGGGUUUCCCCAGCCAAUCUGGGCGGCUCCCAACAGAAUUAAAAGCACAAUAAACUAUCAAACAUUAAAAACUCACCUAACAGGGCUGCCUUCAGAUGUCUUCUAAAAGUCAGAUAGUUGUUUAUUUCCGUGACAUCUGAUGGGAGGGCAUUCCACAGGGCAGGCGCCACUACCGAGAAGGCCCUCUGCCUGGUUCCCUGUGUUCUUGUGGUGCUGGCAAGCACAGGAUCUGCCAUCUUUACUGUGCAGGCUACCCAAGUAAGCUUUAAUUUGAUGUGCUUUUGGUGGGGCUCCAGGUAAAAUCCUGCAAAAUCAAGAAGAUCCAACAUUUACCCAGACCCCAUGGAAGAACAAAGAGGGGCGAGCUGGGGAAGAGAAGCCAUCAGAGGGAUAUCAAUGGCACCAUUUCAAAAUUCCAAAAAGUUUGGCAUAUGACCCAACAGGCUGCAAUGCCUCCAGUAUCUCUGUAGCCUAGUUAUGCGUACUCCAAGUCCUUUAGUGAAGUGAAUAUAAGCAGAACUCUGGUCUUCAACACAACCCUGGCUGUUAAAUGCAUCCAGUAGCUAGUAGCUGCCACCAUUUGUGUUUGCUAAAGAAUCAUCUAGCUGUCUAUUAGCUUGACAAUAACAAUAAAGCUAAUUUUCUCUUUUGAUGGCUGUAAAAUAAUUUAUUCUGGGGUUUUUUUCAGCUUCAAAUCUGCAGCCAACAAGUGAACCUUCCCCAGAGGUAAGUUGUUGCAAAGGUUUCUAAAAUUCCUCUAAACCUCAGGAUUGUUUGCAGUUUAUGCCUAGCUUUCUUAUUUUCUAAGUUCAGCCAACUGCAUGCUUGACGUUUCUCUUGUUCCUUAGGUGGUAGAGAAAGGAAAAUGCACAUUUCUGGAACAAAACCAGACAGACAAUCUUUUGCCACUGAAAGCCACACCAGCUGACCUCCCAGAUUGUGUAAGAGUGGCAGGAGAAACACAAAUUUCGGAUCGUGAGUGCAUUUUAAUUUCAGAAAUAAAACGUGGGCAGCGGGCGGGGGGAAGAAUAUGUGAGUUAUGUGUGCAUUGCUCCUAUAAAGGUGUGUAGGGGUGUGUUUGUGUGUGAGAGAAAGAGAGGGAGAACUAUUGCCUGCAUCAAAAACCCAAGAAGGUGCUAAAAUCCUGAAUUUGAAUGUUACAAAGAAAUCCAGAAAAGCGGAAUGCCAGUUGCUGAGAACCUUGUGGGGAAAGCACUGCUGUACUUAAGUCUUUUUGUGGGCUUCCCAUGAACAUCCGGUUGACCACUCUGAGAACAGAAUGCAUGAAUAGAAGAACCCUUGCCUGAUCCAUCAGAGCCCUUGUUUUCUUAAGUGCAGCUAUCUGGUUAUAUGGGACAUUGCAGAUUGCUCAUGUUUCACUACAGUGGUACCUUGGUUCUCAAACUUAAUCAGUUCCAGAAGUCUGUUCCGAAACCAAAGCGUUCCAAAACCAGGGCACGCUUUCCCAUGGAAAGUGAUGCAAAACGGAUUAAUCCAUUCCAGACUUUUAAAAACAACUCCUCAAACAGCAAUUUAACAUGAAUUUUACUAUCUAACGAGACCAUGGAUCCAUAAAUGAAAGCAAUAAACAAUGUAUUGCAGUCACACGGUCAAUCAAUCAGUAGCUGAACUGGGUUCCACGCAGUUACAAAAACCAAACAAAAUAAAUAGCAAAAACAGACAGACCUCAGCGUAACACUCAAAAUGGAAGUGUGGCACUCAAAAAGGAAGUGUAACUCUCAAAACGGAGCACGUUCGGCUUCCGAAAAAGGUUCGCAAACCGGAACACUUACUUCCGGGUUUGCAGUGUUUGGGUUCCAAGUUGUUUGAGUACCAAGGCGUUUGAGAACCAAGUUACCAUUGUAUUUCACGUUGGUAAUACAAUCAAUGUGCUAUUAAGGAAACAUGGCUGUCUCAGAGAGCAGUUUUUCAAAAAUAGGGAGACUGGAAAUAAUUUUUGUUACUGACAAUUUAUACUACACUAGGGUUUCCUAAACGUGGGUGUUUUUGGACUACAACUCCCAUCAUCCUUAGCUAGCAGGACCAGUGAUCAGGGACGAUGGGAAUUGUAGUUCCAAAAAACAGCUGGAGGCCCAAGUUUGGGAAACCCUGACACAGACCAAAUACUGGGAGGUGCGCAGAGCAUAACUCUCACAGCAUCACUUGAUUUCUUCUUUGUUCCUUUUACCCCUAGGUCCUGAAGUUUUGUACGCUGUGGUGGAUCAAGUACCGCUGACCCGGUGGAACGAAUUUGUGCGGCGCCUGGGACUGAAUGAAAUUUCCAUAGAGAGGAUUUAUGCAGAGCAUCGGCACAUUCGAGAAGCACAAUAUGUCAUGCUGAGACAAUGGAGGCAGCAAGCAGGCCAUGGGGCCACUGUAGAGCGCAUUUGUUAUGUUCUCAACCAAAUGGAGAUGAGUGGCUGUAGUGAGACUAUUCAGGAGGUUCUGUCCAACCUGCCUUAGAUGUACUGCAUCAGUACUCACACCAAGCACAAUCACCUCUUGAUGACUUGUAACAUCAUGGUGGAUUGUGUGUUUGAAUGUGCCAUUGUGCCAUAAACAGAACUUGUAGGUGUAUUACCUCCAGCACAAAUGUUUUUUUCAAUGGAGUAAGCGCACUGUGUUCCAUUCAUAAGCAAUCGAGAAAUAUGUGUCUGAAACAGGUUCUUCUUCCCAUCCCUGCCAAGUCUAGGCCCUCCUUUCAGAGGGCUUAUCCACUCUUCCUUUUGUCCUACUGCUUCCCUCACCCAGGGGAAACUGCUCUUUAGCUUGUAACUGGAGCAAAUGGCAAUCUGGUUUUCCGCAGUUCUUAUCUAUCUCUUAAAGAGUGGGUUUUCUUGGAAAGGAGCGGGGCAAACGGCAAACCACUUGGACCCAUGCUUUCUAGGCAUGGCACAAGCAGAAGUGUGUGCAAGCCCAGUUAGAUUUUGGCCUCUUCACUUGCUUGUCAUCUACUUUAUUAUUCUUUUUUGUAGAGACUGAAAAGCGACUUAAUCAAGUAUGUUUCUGAGCACAGUUCAAAGUGUUGGUGCUGACAUUUAAAGCCCUAAAUGGCCUCGGCCCAGUAGACCUGAAGGAGCGUCUCCACCCCCAUCGUUCAGCCUGGACACGGAGGUCCAGCGCCGAGGGCCUCACUGUGAGAAGUGAAGCUACGUGGAACCAGGCAGGGGGCCUUCUUGAUAGUGCGCCUGCCCUGUGGAACACCCUCCCUUCAGAUGUCAAAGAAAUAAACAACUACCUGACUUUUAGAAGACGUCUGAAGGCAGCCCUGUUUAGGGAAGUUUUUAAUGUUUGGUGUUUUAUCGUGUUUUUAAUAUUCUCUUGGGAGCCGCCCAGAGUGGCUGGGGAAACCCAGCCAGGUGGGCGGGGUAUAAAUAAUAUUUUUUUAAAUCAAAUGUUCUACUUUAUAGGAUUGUGAGAAUGUCUCUUAAAUGAAUACUCCCGGCCUUUUCUGAUCCAGGACUCUUUCAAUCCCAACCAGUUUGAAUGUGUGUUGGGGUUUUUAAAAAAAACAAAUGUAUAUAUCCAUUUUCAUAUAUUUGUGCUGUUUCUCUUUCUGCCUCCCACGAGGUCUUCAGGGCAUGCGUACACUACAGACAUCUUGGUUAACUGUGGUUCCUUUUGUGUAUGGAGCAUUGGGAAUUGUCGUUUGGAGCACUAACAGACAAUUUUAGCUCGUGUAAAUUGGCAGGAAGACAUUAGAAUCAAAGAAUCGUAGAGUUGGAAGGGACCCAAGGGUCAUCUAGUCCAACCCCCUGCAAUGCAGGAAUCUCAGCUAAAGCAUCCAGGACAGAUGGUCAUCCAAGCUUUGCUUAAAAAUCUCCAAGGAAGGAGAGUACACAACCUCCCAAGGGAGACUGUUCCACUGACUAAUAGCUCUUCUGUCAGAAAGUUUUUCCUUAGGUUUAGUCAGAAUCUCCUUUCUUCCAACUUUAAGCCAUUGGUUUGAGUCCUACCCUCCAAAGCAGGAGAAAACAAGCUUGUUCCCUCUUCCAUGUGACGUGUGACUAUCAUAUCUUCUUUCAGUCUCCUCUUUUCCAAGCUAAACAUACCCAGCUCCUUCAACCGUUCCUCAUAAGGCUCAGCCUUUAUAGAACUAGCAUAAACAAGUAGCCAUAAUCUUGCUCUAAAUCUUUGCUUGUCUUUACCACCAUCAUAUUCUUUCUCUCUUCCUUUAAAAAAAAAUUAAAAAUCCAAUAUUGUGGGGACAUUUGUGCAACCCACCAAUGGAUUCUAAAUCACUAGCUGAAAACAAUUUUAGGCUACAAUCCUAUGCACCUUUGGAUAAGUUCCAAUGAACAUAGUGGGAUUUACUUUUGAGUAAAUGUGCACAAAUUUGCACUGGCAGUUGGCAAAAAUUGCACUCUCCUGUACAGCGUAAAGUUAAUGAAAGUUAGGAGGAAAUAUUUCAAUCAGAAAUUCAGUAGAGGUGCUCCGGCAUAAAUAGUAUUUGUUGGUUGAUUGGCGUCUGUCUGUUUCAAGAGACAAUGGAGUGUGCCUCUGGGGGUGAAGCCUGGGCAGUGUGCAUGGAGGGUCUGGGAAUGGCAGUUUUAUCUGUAUAUAUUUGCCAUUUGGGUUAAGUAAUGCAGUUAAGUAUUUUGUAUAUACUUUUGUUGUAUCUUUGUGUGACCCUUUUUAUAACUGAGCGACCAAGUCUCUGACAAAAUACAGCCAUACGAAUGCGCUUUCUUUUAUAUUUUCUUGAACACGUUUGUUCAUUCUACACUAUAGAUAUAAAUGCCUAAAUUUGUAAUACAAAUAAAAACCUGAAAGCAAAAGAGAA